AUGGCGUCGUUGCAAACUCCCCCUCAACUUCUCUCGCCUCCACCUUCUCCCGCCCCGCAGAAUCUAUCCACUGACAUCAAUACGGCCACACGAUCGGUGCACACACGGCUGAACAAGCUCAUCGUUUCCCGCCUGCCCCUUGCGCUUCCACCGAUAGCCAAAACACCCGAACUCUACGCCCAUGGCAUCAACACUUUUGGCGACAUCUACCUUGUCUUUGAGAACUGCUGGCGCGUGCUCAUAGCAGAGGCCGACAAGUCCAAGGCAGAUGAUUCUUCCCACGACAACAAGCUGCGCCAAUGGCUCUCUCAACUAGUCCCACCUGGUCUCUGGCGGUCCGAUGCCAUCAAGAAAGAUUUGGAAUACUUAGAGACAGCCACCGGUGCUGAUCUAGAGGCUGUAUCGAAUGCACAGCUUCGCUCCUUCACCGAGCACAUAUAUCGUCAGACUCGAGAAAAGCCUCAUGUCUUGGUUGCCUAUGCCUGGAUCAUGUACAUGGCCAUAUUCUCUGGUGGUCGUUGGAUUAGGGAGCAGCUGACUGAAUCUGGACCUGAGUUUUGGGGCGUCACUCAUGAUUCGGACAAGACCGACUACUGGAUCCAUGGGACGUUAAGGCCAGGCUUCACACUGUUCUGCUUUUCGGGCACAAGAGAUGGAGAGGAUAUCAAGACAGACUUCAAGACACGUCUAGAGAAAGCAGAGGAACUCUUGACUGCACACGAGCGCAAAGACAUCGUUGACGAGGCACAGUUCAUCUUCGAACAGUGUGUUACGAUUGUCGAAGCGCUUGACAAGCAGCUCAUGACCGAUCUCGAACUCGUUAAAAAGCUGGCUGCUCGAGAGGCUAAGCAUGGAAACUCGCAUCUCAAGAUGAAGCCGACCCGAGCUGCUCUACCACAGGAUGUAGCACCACGGACUGAGGCCAAGUCCGCAAGCUUCAUCAGAGCCAUUGUGGUAGCCUUCUUCGCUUUUGCAGUUUAUCAGUCCUAUCAAUGGCAGUUUGGAGGUUUGGAGGAUACGCAAUGA